UGAGAAAUCACCUUUGGAUCGACGAGCUCCGCAACAUGGCCGCCUCUAGAUUACCAUUAGCCGCUCUGACUCUCAAACAGUUUUUACAGAGGCAGAGAGUUCUAGGAAUGUACAGAGAUUUGCUUCGAUCCAUCUGCAAAGUACCGAAUGAGUCCGACCGCAGAUAUCUGAGAGACUGGGCCAGAGAAGAGUUCAAGAGGAACAAGAGCGAAACGGAUCAGGAUGUGGUCCGUAUGAUGAUCACACAAGCACACAAUCAUCUGGAGGAUUUGAGAAAAUCUCUGGCUUUGGCUGGAUGCUGAAACUGUACAGCAGGACCGUCUGUGUCUUCUGUUUUUAACAACAGUCUGAAGAGAAAUAUUUGCUCUUUAUCUACAGACGUACAUUAUAACGUCAAAGGAGAUUUAUUUAAUAUUUUUUUCAUAUUUCAAAUGUAUGAAUAUUUAUCUUCUCAAUUUGCCAGAUGUAUGCUACAUAUCCUCCUGUGUUUUCAUAAUUGAUGUGCAGCUGAUUUCACAAUAAAUAAACAUAAAUGUCA